GCAAAAACAAUAAACAACUCAAAAUCCCAUGACUUUUUAUUACCCAAAAAAAAAAAAAAAAAGAAAGAAAAAAACACAAGAAAUUAGUACACACACGCAUGGCAUGUAAUGUAAGGAAUAGUAGUUUUGGUCUUCAGUCUUAACUUCCUCCCCCUUUUUAUUUGCCGGAGUCCACUGCAUUAUUUCUUCAUAAAUGGACACACAAAUAUAUAAUAUAUAUCAUCAAUAUUACAUCUAUCGUUGAUCCAUCCAGAUCUAGCUAUAUCAUCACACGUUCGUAUAAUUCUUUCUCCGACGACCAUCUAUCGGGCACAAAUUAACAUGUCGUCGUCUUCACAUUUCCCAGUCAACGACUCCUCUAAUGAUAAUGAUGAUCAUCAUCAUCAUCAUCAUCAUAAACAAGUGAUCAAUGAAGUCGAUUUCUUUAACGACGACAAGAAACAUGAUCACCUACCAAAGUCUAUUGAUCAUGAAUCUGUUGGUGCACCACCUACACUCGAUCUUGAUUUUAAUAUCAACACUGGACUGAAUCUACAAACCGGAAUUUCAAGCAGUGAUCAAUCUAUAAUUGAUGAUGGCAUCUCUUCUAGUUCCGAAGAUAAACGAACUAAACAUGAGUUAGCAAGUGUUGGAGCUGAAAUGGAAAGAAUGAGCGUAGAGAAUCAACGGUUAAAAGAGGCGUUGAAUCAAGUGAUGAUCGAUUACAAGACACUCGAAAUGCAUCUAGCGUCGAUUUUACAACAAAAACAAGGAGAAUCUACAAAGGCAGCUGAUAGGCGGUUGAUGAUGGAUCUAGCUUUAGCUGCUCCAGGAGUACUAGCAGCCGAAACUACUACUGAUGAAAAAUCACAAUCGUCGUCUAGAAGUGACAACGAGCAGCAUUCAGGAUCCCCAAUCAAUAACAAGAAUCGUAUAGGUAGUACUACUACUGAUCAUGAGCAAGUGAUCAUCGUGGCUGGACAAGCAGCAGCAUCAGGUUCAAAGGUCCAGAGGCUAAGUUGUUUAAACAAUAUUAAUGAUCAUCAUCAGAAUAACGGAAUUGAUCAAAAGACUGAAGCAACGAUUAGGAAGGCUAGAGUUUCCGUUCGAGCUCGAUCAGAAGCUUCCGUGAUAACGGAUGGAUGUCAAUGGAGGAAAUAUGGUCAAAAGAUGGCAAAAGGUAACCCAUGUCCACGGGCUUACUACCGGUGCACCAUGGCAGCUGGUUGCCCCGUUCGGAAACAAGUGCAAAGAUGCGCGGAAGACAAGACAAUCUUGAUCACUACAUACGAAGGCACUCACAACCAUCCUCUCCCCCCAACCGCCAUGGCAAUGGCCUCGACGACAUCUUCCGCCGCCAGAAUGCUCCUCUCCGGCUCCAUGCCAAGUUCCGACGGCCUUAUGAUCAACUCCUCAAAUUAUCUACCAACAACUACUCUUCUCCCAUGUUCUUCAAACAACAUGGCCACUAUUUCAGCAUCCGCCCCAUUUCCAACCGUCACACUAGACCUCACUCAAACACCAAACCCCUUCCAACAACGAAACAACCCGUUCCAUGCACCGACCCCCACCUCAAACACAUCACUUCCCCAAAUUUUAGGACAAUCUUUAUACAAUCAAUCCAAAUUCUCAGGCCUUCACAUGUCUCCACACACUACCGGCUUAAUGUCUGACACCGUCAACGCCCUCACCGCGGAUCCAAACUUUACGGCGGCCUUAACAGCCGCGAUAUCGUCAAUGAUAGGAGGAGUUGGUUCAAAUGGAAACAAGAGUAAUGGAAAUGUCAAUGCUAAUAACAAUGGAUAUGGCAACAAUAACAAAGUCAGCAGUUCAAGUUUUCAAGGAAAUUAAUAUAUACAUGAUCAUGAGCUAGCUGGUGUGUGGUGGUAUUAAAUUCUUUUUCAAUCGAUCGAGUUCAUUAAUUUUGGCAUUAAUAGACACAUGUCGAAGUUUACUUUUUUUGGUUUUUGGUCGUUUUAUAUAUAAAUCAAGGGAAAUGCUAAAUA